AUGUCCGACGUUGAAGCUAUGUUGGAGGGAGAACAAUGGCUCAAGGGUUUCGAGGAGCAGCAGUCGACGCCGCGAAAGAGUGCGCCUACAACAGAGGGCAUCUUACCUGCGUUCUCCAUGAGCCAGACUACCCAUUUGCCUACGCCAGAGAGUCCGGGAAACGUGGACAUGUAUGCAUCUGUGCUUAGCUUCCCACACGAGUCUCCUGUCCGAGCACAAGGACAGCAUCCCUCAAUGUCUGUUCGUGUCUACCUCGGUCAAUUGACUCCUGCUCAUACGUCUAUCAGCCCCAUUUAUGCACGCAAGACUGCGCGAGCACAAGACGAGGCAGCCGCAUUGACGCCUAUUCGCCUAUCCUCACCAUUCUCGCCUCGUCCUUCUAGUCAUGCUGAAAUGGAUCCGCCGGCGAACUUGUCACCUCCGCUAUCCCGCGAUUCGUCUCGCCUUUCAUCGCCGUUUAGAGAGCAGCCUCGCUUCGCCGGCCGCGGGCGUUCGAGAACGAAAACACCCAUGCGCACCCAUUCAGAUCCCAUUGAUGCCUUCUCACCCGCAUCGUCGUCGUCAAAAACGCCGCUACCACUGUCUGCACCAGUGCCUCAACGCGCAGUCGGGGGCGAGUUUCAGCGUAUACGGCUUCAGAUGGCUGCAGACCAGGCUGCACUUCUGUCCGAGACAGAGGCUCGACGGCCAGACUAUCUCGUCAGGGAGAGGCGGCCGGAGUCAGCUCCCGAUCCCUUAGGCGGCGAUGAGCUAGACUGGGUGGAUCCGGAUAUGCUGCCACCACACCUCGGUGUCACCGUGAGCCCGGUCAAGGGUCGCCGCAUCCAGCUCUUCCAGGAGACGUCCGAUGAAAGCUUCGAGCAGAGCUUGUUAGCAGGAGGGUAUCCGGGCUAUGGCUCGACGCCAGCAUUCGACCCGCAGACGCCUGACCACAAACUCAAGCCAGGACUGUCUCAACGUGCGCUUCAAUGGCUGCAACAGGUCACUCCCGGGCAGCCUACGCCCGGUACAGUCAUCGCCGAGCCGGAAGAAGAGGAAGUUCCGAGCGAGAAGGAGCUUCUUAAGCGCAAGCGAUUGGCUGCGUUUGAGGAGCACCCGGACGCCUUUGAGCCUCCUGCCAAGCUUCAAGUCGUAGAGGUAAACGGGAUCGGGCGAGUUCUGAUGAACAUUGUGCCAGAAGAGCAGCCCGCACCAACUGAGACGCCCGCACGACGGCGUGCCGGGAGCAAGCGCAAGAGGAAGAGCGCCGCUCACAGCACUCCUUCAAAGCGGGUAUAUGGGGCUCAGCCAGAGGAGACAGAAGUCAAAGGCCCGAAUUGGCUGGACAACGAUUUCCCGUGGUGCGUGAGAGUGAAGGAGCGCAAGGAGAUGUCCAAGCAGGAGCGAGAGCAACGUCUCAAGCAGAUCGCGCGCUACCUUGAGCGUAGUGAUAGCGAGGACGACAUUGUAGAAGAUCAGGCAUUGCAUCCACUGGUGCAAUCUGAUGAGGAGGUAGCACCUCGUCGUGGUCGUGGCAAAAUGGUCCCCCUCAAAGUCCAUCCAGCAGCGGGCACCAGUGCGCAAGGCCGCCGCGAGAUCAUGCUCGUGCCCAGCGAUCCGGCAGAUGCCAGAGCUGCUCUGCUGUCUAAACGAUCUGUGCGCACUUUUGCGUUUCGCAGACGCCAACUCCGGGAACAGGACGAAGACGAUCCUAAUGCGAUCAUUUGUGUAUGCGAUCGGGGUGAAGACGGUGAACAGUUAGUCCAGUGUGACGAGUGUCUUGUCUGGUACCACCUUUCGUGUGUGGGAAUCCAGGACCUCUCGGAGCUGCCACCACGGGACGAGCCGUAUUUUUGUCCGCCUUGUGUCGACGAGUCUGUGCGAGGUUCUCGCUUACUUCCAACAUUCGUUCCUACAGACGAUGAGCCUCCUCUGGGCGGCCGACGUGACCCACUCUUCUAUCAGAGCUCAAUUCGCGAAUCACCAUCUGCCUCGUGGAAUUCGACACGCGAGCCCAGGACACCUGUGCGCGGUCAAGAUGCUUCCGAACCGCACACCUCGCGGUCAUCGUGGGGCGACUCGUCGAGAGGCGGUCCGUCGACGCCCGUCAAUACCGCGCAGAGCGUGCGGGUAUACACAACACCUGGAGCACGCGAGGUCGACAACCACUUUGACUCACCGUUCGACCCGUCUCAAACACCUUCCCGUGGCACGGGGCCCGCCGAGGCGUUCACAACGCCCAAGUGGGACCGAUCGACGAGUUUCCGGACACCGGGACUCGGCAGUCUGAAGUUCAGCGGGGGCUCGCUUUCUUUCAGCCAGUUCGCGGCGAACGGCCUCUCUCCCACUCCGCGAUUCCGCGACAUAUACUCUCACGACGACACGCCAGUGCGACGCUCGGGGCCGAUUGAUGAAUCAGUAUGGCGGGAACGUCUGUGGUUGCCAGACUCACCGCCCACACGCGGACGAGAGCGCGUAGCAUGCGCCGCGGCGGUAGCUGGAGUGCUGGACCUGCUUCAGCGUCAUAAACUGGCCCUUCGAACGCGUCACUUGCUUUCUGCCGAUGCAUUGCGCUGCCUGUUUUAUUCCCGUUAUGUGUUUAGGAUGUCAGCGAAGUAUCAGACGUACUUCCCCCUGCGACACCCGGAAGCGGACGAGCGGGAGGCAUGGCGAGAACGCGCCUUGUCAUUGGAACGGCAAGUCAAGGACUUACAAGCCAGAUACGACAACGAGCACAUAGGUAUGCGUGGCAUCCCGUACCCCUACGGUGUAUUCAUCCAGUUUCCAGAACUGCUGUCGCUGCGCGAGACGGCCACCGCACAGAAGACGACCGGACCGGCCAAGGAUUCUUCUGCCGCAGGCGACAACAAGAAGAAGGCGAAGAAGAGAACGACACCCAAGGCUGCGGAGCCCAAGUCUUCGUCGACUUCUCGAAGGCUGGACCUGAAGACCGUCUUGGACAGCCACAGUGAUCCGGUCGUCUUGCGCACGCCUUCGCGGACAAGCGUACUGCAUUCUCUGGAGACUCUGGACAAGCUGGUCUCUAUCCGGGCGCGCGAGAGGUCUGCGGCGCCUGACGACCUGCUCGUGGUCCUCGCCAAGCGCUCCAUAGACGCGCUCGGGGAUCUCCUGGCGACUCUGCUGCCGCCCAGCGCGGCGCGUCCGCGAUGCCCUGCCGACCUUGCUGCACUGUCGACGCUGUGUCACCGGCUACUCGCAGCCGUGGUGCCCCUCCUGGCGAAGAGCACCCGCACGCGGGGGGCGGCUGCGCCCGCGGGCAGCCCUGCACUCGAAGACGUACUCGGGCUAAUGUCUGCGCGCCUCCUGAUGCCCAUAGUGCGGGCGUUCGGGCCUGCAUCGCGGGCGUUUCUUGCAGGACUGUUCGCACCCAACAGGGAAGGCAAGACAGCGCGUGCGCAGGAUGACAAGGGAGUUGAUAUACGGCCGGACGUUUUUGCCAUCCUUGGAGGCGUUUUGGCAGCCCUGCAGGAGGUUGCUAGUGCGAAACCAAGCGUGAACCGGGUAGUACGCCACACAAUUAACGACACGCUUGCCAUCGAGGCUAUUCGUGAAUUACAAAAACUGUAUGAGGACACACACUCGCCUGUUCCUGCUACGGCUACGACGCCAGCCAGUCGUGCAUUGAAGGUGGCAAGGACGGAUCGCAUCGACAAGCUAGCCCGAAAGGACGCGCUGUGGUACCUCUGCAACGUCCUGCACCUCGUGCUGCCGCUCGAACCAGGUACUUCGCUUCCCGCGCAGGACGUGCUUCUCGAGGACACCAUCUAUGCGACGCUAUCGGCCGUGCUGCGGCGCUCGCGCCCGGCGCACAGAGAUCCCGGCGACGGCGGCCCGUGUGACAGCCCGAAGGCACCCUCGAUGCCAGCAGCGGAGCCACGUUACGACAUGGACGAGGUGGAGCGCGGGAUGGUGCUCGCAGUGGUGGAGAGGGCGUGGCUUGGGAGUGGGGGCGGGAGCGGCGCGCUGUUCGGCGGUCGUGGUCGACUCGGAGCUUCUGACGGAGUCGCGGGCGGCGUCGAGUUGCGCGCUCCGUGCGCGUCUGCGCCCCUCUCGGUGAUGCACGCUGUCGGACAGUCGAGCCAAUGGAAAAGGUGUUGCUGGCAUUGUGCCGUACACGGCGCUGUUCGGACUGAUGCGUGGGUUACCAGGAGCACGGCGCUCCGGAGAGUGAUAGAGAUGGGAUGCGUCCUGCUGUAUGCAGCUAGGCCUCAGAGUAUGAUAGCCAACAUUGACAUGAACAGAGAUGUGGAUGCCGUACGCGUGAUCGCCAUCUGCAUGCAGGGUUAUCCUGAAUAUGCCUCGCCCAAGGAUGCCGCUACAGAAGCAGAAGAGCACAUAUCCGGAAGUCAGGCUGUGUGGAUGGCGGAAGGGUCCGCGCGGCCAAGGCCCGACAUGAUGAGACUGGGGUCCACAAACGGACAGCCCGGUUCCAGGGUUCUUGGUCAUUGCGGCUCCGACAUUGGUCGCGCGACCAUAUUGACACAAGGAGAGCGUACCUGGGUGGCGCGAUUCGCGAUCCGUUGCGCGGGCUUCAAACACGACACGACGAGGGGCGGGAUUGCUGCAUUCUGCCAGCGACGGCGGGCCAUGUGCAGACAGCGCUGCGUUUGGGGCGGAGGACACUUUAUAAGGGCUAGUGAUGAUGGUCACGACGCGACGAGUGCACGGUGGAAGACCGGAAAGACCCAGACCCUGACCACGGAGAUUUGGAACUCAAAUGAUAUGAUUUGA